AUGUCGGAACCAGUCAUCUUCAGACGCACGAAAUCAAAACCAAAGCAAAGAGCGCGCCAGACAUCCCCCACGGCAGGCGAUGAGGAAGCAGAGAAGGGAACGGAAUCACCCAGCACCCUCGUAGCUAAGCUGAAGAGGCGAGUGAAACCCAAGUCGAGGCUUAGUUUUGGUGCAGCAGACGAGGAGGGUGAUGGGGAGGUAUUUCAGGUGAAGAAAUCUAGCCUCAGUCAGAAAUUGAUCCUGGGGCGCAACGCAGCACCGUCAAGUACCCUCGCGCAGACGACUUUGGCAAGUCGUGGCCCUGUGUAUGAUUCCGCGUAUCUAUCAGAGCUGAAAGCAAGCACACCGAGUACGCGGCCACGCCUUGCUGUCGAUGAUGGAGACGUAUCGAUGGACGUAGGCGAGACGUCUAUAUCGAAUGUUCAAACGGUGGAUAUAUUUGAGUCCGAAACAACUAUUCCUGCGGAGGCGACUAUUAAGAACGCGAAGGAGAAACGCGAACGCUUGCGCGGCACAGGAGCAGGAGAUGACUUCAUUUCCCUCUCUGUGACCCGUCGUGUUGAAGACCAAGGACCGCAUCCAGAAAGCCGCCUCGUACGUGAAGAAGAUGAACUCGGUGAAGGAGAUGAUGAGUUUGCUGAAUAUACCAGUGCACAAGAGCGCAUAGCUUUGGGGAAGAAAUCACGGAAGGUUGAAGCCUCUAAACGCAGGGAUGCAAUGAAGGAAAUGAUCGCCGACGCCGAAGAAGAGGACGACGAGACAAUGGAAUGGGAGCAAGAGCAGCUUAGACGAGGUGGAAAUCAAGCUCAAGAAGCAUCAAAUACACCAGUCAAACGUGUAUAUGUAGCUGCAACUAUCCCCACGGUCACACCGAUUCCAUCUCUUGGCCCGGCUCUGUCUCGCCUGGCUGCAUCAUUAUCGCAAUUGACCGUGUCUCACGCUUCAAACACGUCGUCACUCAAUGCAAUCGCCAAAGAACGUUCUGAGGUCGACGAGCGGGAAAUAGAGUUGCGUGAUAUGGUUGAUAAGGCCGAACUAAAGCGUUCCUGGUUCGAUAGCUUCCAUGAGUGGGUUGAGGGUGUUGCCGAAUUCCUUGAUGAGAAGUAUCCUCAACUCGAGAAGUUGGAAGAGGCUCAGCUCACGCUGUUGAAGCAACGUCUCGACGUCGUCGUAGACCGCAGACGUGCGGAUGACGAAGACGACUUAGCAACCUUCCACGGGAGACAAGCAAACUCCAACGUCGAUGAUGCUACCCCCAAAGAUGAAUUUGGCCGUUUAAUCCCUCCUAGCGUACUACGCCGCGAACGUCGAGCCGCUCGUUUGGCUCGCCGGGCCCGACGUCAAUCAAAAACAGAAGAGGAAGGAUACUCGACUGAUUCAUCUCUAGCUCCUGCCGAGCAAGAGUCAUAUGAACAUACUUCGGGAGAGUUGAUCGAACGCAAGGCCGAUGUCUUAGCAGAUGUGCGGGCUGCUGAAUUCAAAGACCCUGCCAAAAGUAAAUGGUGGCGCGAGUGGCGCGAGAAGUAUGCAGAUAGCUAUGUCGGGGCCUGGGGAGGACUAGGACUCGUAGGCGCAUGGGAGUUCUGGGUUCGCUUGGAAAUAGUUGGAUGGGACGUGAUGGAGGACCCUAGAAGUCUCGACGGUUUCAAAUGGUACAAAGGGUUAUACGAAUAUUCUCGCCCCGGAGAUCCCACAAAUCCUGAUAGCGAGCUUGGGCCGGAUGGUGACUUGGUUUCAUCCAUGAUAUCCACGGCCGUCAUACCUCGCAUGUGCAAAUUAAUUGAAGGAGGGGCACUUGAUGUAUAUUCAGGCAAACAUAUUCGCAGGAUCGUUGAUCUUGCAGAGGAAAUGGAGGUCAGCGUUGAACGAGGAAGCGCUAAAUUUCAGGCGUUACUGAAAUCUGUAUAUACCGUCUUCGAUCGCGCAACUCUCCAAACUGAGGAACUUAUCGCUCGCUCCAAAGACGCUGCCCCUCGGCAGCCGAUUUUUGAUCCAGAAGCUAUUCCAGCAAGGUCGCGAUUCCUCGCGCGCCGUAUCAAGCUUGUCCAGAAUCUAAUGCGGUGGCGAAAAUUUACCGGUGAGAUGCUCGGAGCCGGAGAGAUGGCGAGUAGAUUGGUCGAUGGUUGUAUCAGGAGCGUGGCUGAAGAAGGCUGGGACGUUGGUGGCGAAGCUGCUAUGCAGAAGGUGCUUCGACGCGACUUCGCUCGCAUACCUACCGAACUAUCCAGCGGAGACCUCGAAAAUCGAGACUGA